ACCUGGGCUCGGCGCUGGGAGCGCGCACGGGCGGGCGGGCGGGCCGGGGGCGACAUGGGGAAAUUCCAGUCCAAGCACGCCGCUGCAGCCUUCAAGCGGAGAGAGAGCCCCGAAGGGGACAGCUUCGUGGUGUCUGCGUACCUGGGUGGCCGCAGAGGCACGGAGGAGGCGGAGCGGCGGGGCUGCGUGGAGCACGGCCCAAGGGACAAGCAGGGGCUGCCUGGCGGGGACCCCAAGGAAGGACCUUUCCGGGACGACCUGUGUCCCCUAGAGGUGGCCCUGCCGCCGGAGAAGGCCGAGGGCCGAGAGGGCCCAGGACAGCUCUUCGGCACAGAAGAUGGAGAAAGAGCAGCGAACCGCGAGGGCCCCCGCGGGCCGGGCAGGCGGCGCCUGGACGUGGACGCGCUCCAGUGUGACGUCUCGGUGGAGGAGGACAGCCGCCAGGAGUGGACGUUCACGCUCUACGGCUUCGACAACAGUGGCAAGGCCACCAGAGAGGACAUGUCCAGCCUGAUGCACACCAUCUACGAGGUUGUCGAUGCCUCGGUCAACCACUCCUCGGGCAGCAGCAAGACGCUCCGAGUGAAGCUGACUGUCAGCCCUGAGCCCUCCAGCAAGAGGAAGGAAGGCCCCCCCGCCGGCCAGGGCCGGGAGCCCACGCGAUGCAGGAUGGAGGGGGAGCUCCCCGAGGACCCCAGGGUGGCCGACAAGAGGCUGUCCACGUCCAUCAGGAGGCCCACCGCCGACCCCCACCCCUGCUCCGAGCGGGGGCUGUACUGCGUGGACGAGAACACGGAGCGGAGGAACCACUACCUGGACCUGGCGGGAAUCGAGAACUACGCGUCUAAGUUCGGACCAGGGUCCCCCCCGACGCAGGCCAGGCAGGAGCCCCCAGCCAGGGCCACGCACCCGCAGGGCCGGUCCCGCUCCCAGGAGUCGGAUGCGCACACCGUGCACCAUCGCCGCUGCCUGGGGCCGGUGGAGCCCGCUCUGCUGGCCGCCGAGCCCGCGCCCCGGGCCCUGGACCUGCCGCCCCGGCCGAAGGGGCCAGAGAGGCCGUUCCUGAGGUCCCCGCAGGGCUCGGGGCGACCACCUGGGGCCCCCAGCGGGGGCAGGCCCGGGAGAGCCUUCAGCUUCCACCCGCCGGCCCCCCAACCCCAGGCCCCGCCCCUGGACGGUCACCAUGUCCCGCAGUCCCUGCCUCCACCCUACGGCCACAGGCGGUGCCGGCAGAGGGGCCGGGAGGGCCCCUCGCCGCUCAAGGCCACACCAGGCCAGCCCGCGGCGCUGGAGCCCGAGGCGGCGCGGGAGCUGCCACCCGCGCUGCCGGGCGAGGCCUACGCGGUGCCGGCGGUCCAGCGCCACGAGCAUCACCACCACCACGAACACCACCACCACCACCACCACCACCACCACCCGGCCUAGCGGCCCCGACGGCGCUGGGGACCCACGCGGAGGCGCCUCCGCCCUCCUCGGCCAGGAGGCGUCGCACACCAGCGGCAUCCCCAUCCCGAGCUUUCUGUGUCGUCCAUAAACACGUUCGUACGCGUAGACGCCUGCACCUGCUUCGGUCACGAUGCCAAAGCAAGGCCCGCGGGGUCGAAGGGACCCUGCUCGGACGGCCUUGGCGUGUUUUCCUCUUGGAGCCGCGCUGUGGGUGCUUCUCCUGUGUGGCAGGGGGUGCGAGACUUGUCACUGGCCCCGGGUGGCCGGGGGCUUUGUGGCUCCCGUGGCUCAUC